AUGCGCGCCAAGGCACACACACCGCAACGACUCCCCAAGGUGUAUUUCAGGCAAGCUCCAGGAGCCACCACAACCCAUAAAUCUGCAGCGGCCGACGCACAUCUACAUUUGCCGCUGGCGAGCCUAAUAACGACGCGGCAAUUAACAUGCCGACGGCUCUCGGAAAAAGGGCGCUGCAACUUUCUCGAGGGAGUUGUGUCGACGGCUUUGAACAUCGCCGGCGUCACAACUCACGAGCUUUUCGCCAAGUCGGGGAUCUCUGUGAGGUAG